AGAUAUGGCAAAACGAUAUGGUUGUCCAAAAUGCCAGAAGACUUACAAGCACCAAACUUCGCUGUACAAACAUAUCAAUCAUGAAUGUGGAGUAGUCCCGCGAUUCACUUGUCAUCUUUGCAAUUAUGCAGGAAAGAGGAAGUAUCACUUGAAGAGGCACUACAUGUGCUGUCAUAAAAUCCAAAUGAGAACGGUUCAAUAUCAACAACUGGUCUAAAUCAUUUGAGCCCAUGGAAACGGAGUUCUGCAAUGGAAUUCGCUUGUGAGAGCUGUGGAAAAUCUUAUAAACAUCAAACGUCACUCUACAGGCACAUGAAAUAUGAAUGCCAAAGAUUGAGGAAAUUCGCAUGUGAUCUUUGCAAUGCCAGUUUCAAGAGAAGAGAUCAUUUAGUGCGCCACAAUAGAUGUACUCAUUCUAUAUUAGAAAGCAUCAUGUAUAGUUCUUGCAGAUAAUCACAUCUGGCUAAUCUUUCUCCCAUUAUUCUUAUGACAUUAUGAUCAAUAUAUCAUGAAUAUUAUCUACGCACCAAUGAAAAUUUCUGAUUUUUUCUGGCCUUUUUUUUCAUAUGAAUUCCAUCUCUCAAUUUUAAUCAUCUAUAUUGAUUUGCUUUCCAAUUUGAGACCUAUUAGUAUUCAAU